AUGGCGUCGACGGAAGAGGCUGCGCCUAUCCACUCCGACGUGGAUGUCGAGAUUGCACCACCGGCGACCCCCGUCGACUCGACUGUGCUGUCGGGAAGCGAGGAUAUCGGCAAAUCCAGUCCCGAGGCGUCCAAGGAAAACACCCCAGCGUCCCCGGCCAAGUCGACCACCAGUACUGCGACUGCCACUAAGCGUCCAGUGUCGAGCUCUACAACUGCGACCAAACGGCCCACCUCGUCCUCCGCCGCAUCCAAGACCGCAACCUCGGCCACUCGAACAAGCACGACUUCGAGCACGCUGAACAAACCUCCUACCCGGCCCACGACUGGCACCACUGCUACCCGCAGACCGCUGAGCACCUCAACUACUGCUUCCCAUCGGUCUCGCCUUUCAAUCAGCAGCUCUGCUGACGAGAAGCCUCGGUCCGUUGCCAGCUCCGGAGAUGAGAAGCGUGGUAUCUCGGGAACCGCCAAGCGCAUGUCUAUGGCCGGUACUGCCUCCACUCGGGCCCCAUUGAAGUCAUCCUCUACUCUUGAUCGCCGAUCAAGCGUUGCCGGCUCGGCAUUGGAGAGAAAGACCAUUCCCUCCAGCACCUCUCGCACCGCUACUUCUACUUCCGCGAGCAAGCCUGUGGGCAAGCUGACCUCCUCGACCACAUCGACCACUCGGCCAACUACUUCCACUACCACGACCCGGACAGCGACUCGUCCGACUUCUUCGACUACCGCCACACGGAGUGUCGCCUCAUCAGUCACCGACCCGAAGAAGCGUUUGAGUACCGUGGGUAGCACUGUUGCCCGAAGCUCUGAGAGUGCCGAAAAGCUGCAGGCUCUGCAGACCAAGCUUUCAGAGAGUGAGGAGACAGUCGCCAGCCUCAAGGCCGAACUCGAAACCGUCAACGAGAAGCUGAGCCAGCUUUCCGUCGCGGGAGAAGAUAGCACUAAGGAUGUUGAUGCUACCGAGUCUGUUCGCGCAGAGCACGCUGCAGAGCUUGAGAAACUGACUUCUGCUCAUGCUGAGGCGCUUCAGUCUCUGCAGACUCGCCUGGAGGAGGCCGACACUCAACGCACGCAUCUCGAAGAGAAGUUUCAAAAGGACCUUGAGGAGGCCAGGCAAUCCGCUAGCGCUAAGGGCGAUGAGGAGCUUGACGCUGCUGUUAAGCUGAAUGAGAGCCUCAAAGCCCAGCUGGAGGAUCUGGAGAAGGGCCUCGAGAAGGAUGUUGUAGAGCACAAGGCUGCCGCGGCUGCUUUCGAAGAGCAGAUCAGCACGCUUAAGGCCGACCUUGAAUCCCAGAAGACUGCUUUGGAAGAAGAGAAGGCUUUGGCUAUCGACAGCCUUCAGAGAGAGCUGCAAGGGCGCGACCAAGUCAUGAAUGAGCUCAAGGCUGCUCUUCAGAAGCUGUCGGAUAACAAGGAUGAAGAGAUCACAGCUGAGAAGGACGCCGCCAAGGAGCUACAGAGCCAGAUUGCUUCGCUCGAGGCCAAGCUUGCCGAAGCUGAAUCUGCCACUCAACAGAACUCGGAGGAGAUUACUACUUCUCUUGCGGAGAAGGACAAGGAGAUCACCGAGCUUAAGGAGGCUAUCGAGAAGCUUCAGGGAGAGCUUGAGUCGUCGCGCGACGGUGCUACAGCUGAACACGCUGCUCAGGUGAAGGAUCUCGAGUCCACUCACGAAGCUGCGAUCGCCACAUUGAAAGCUGAGCAUGAGACUGCUCUGGGCUCUCUGUCUGCCUCCCAUGCUGAGGAGCUCACUGUUGCCAAGGCUGCUGCCGAAUCAACUGGCUCCGAGCACUCCCAGCAGCUUCAAGAGCUGCGCGAUUCGCUCGAGACUGCCAAAUCAGCUGCUCAGGAAGAACAGAGCCGUGCUGUUUCUGAGCUACAAACCGCUCAUGACGUCGAGCUAAAGUCCCUGCAGGAGAAACUCGAGGCAUCCGAGAAGGCUCUCGGGGAAACCCGCCAGGCCCUAGAGGAAGGCAAGGCUUCUGCUCAGGAGGAUGCCGUCCACGAGAUUGACGAUCUUCAUCACAAGGUUGAAAGCCUGGAGACCCAGCUGUCGACCACCACCAGUGAAAUCAAGGCCCUGCAACAGGAUAUGCAGAGCAAGCAGGCCGAGGCUGACGAGCUAUACCACAAUCUGAAGAACCUCGAGAGCGAGUCCAAGUCUAAGGAAGCCCAGCGAGAGACCCUGCUCAAGGAGCAGGAAUCCCAGCUUAAGGAUUUGGAAGAGAAGGCUGCCGAGGCCGCCGCCCUCCUCGAAGAGCACAAGUCACUUGCCGCUGCCUCUUCUGACAAGCACUCUCAGGAUCUUGAGUCGUUGAAGGCCGAGCACGCUGUUGAGCUUGAACGCAUUCAGCAAGAAGCUUCCGGAUCUCACAGCAGCGCAUUGAGCGAACUUCAACAGAAGCACGAUGAGUUGUUUGCCAAGAACCGCGAUCUGGAGUCAAGCCAUGCUUCCCAGGUUGAGUCUCUGCAGGCUGAGUUGAAGUCUACACUCGAACGCCACUCUGCAGAGAUCGCUUCUCACACCGAGUCUCGCGAGCUGCAGCUUUCUGAGCUGCAGAACUCAUCUGAGCAGACCAAGGCUAAACUCCAGGCUGAACUCGAGGCUCUGCAAGCAUCCAGAUUGGCUGACAAGGAAGCUCACGCCAAGGAACUUGCCGGCCUUCAAACCGGUUUCGAAGAGACCAAGGCCAAAUUCCAGGCCGAGCUUGAGGCUUCCCAGGCUUCGAAGGCUGCUGAUGCCGAUGCUGAGCAUGGCAAGGCUAUCGAGGAGCUUCUCACUCUUCAGGAGGCAAAGAUCUCCGGUCUCCGGGAGCAGCUUGAAUCCUCGAACAAGGCUAAGUUUGAGGAACUCCAGAAGUCACACGACGCUGUCCUUGUCAACGUCAACGAGCAGCUCGCCAAGGCUAAUGCUGCUGCUCAGGAUACCUCUGCUCUUGACGGCUUGAAGAUUACCAUUGCCGAGCUCGAGCAGAAGCUGGCCAAUUCCGUGGAGGCCCAUGCCGCAGUGCAGGAAUCAGCCGCUACCACCUCGCGGGAGCUUCAGGAGAAGCACACCGCGGAGCUCUCUAAGAUCCAGGCUGAGCACGCAGCGCUCUCGGACAAGCACCAGGCGGCGGCUGCCCAGGUGGAGGAGCUUCAAAGAUCCGCCACUGCUGCGGCUAGCGGUAGCCAGUCUCAGUUAGAGGCUAUUCAGAAGGAUCUCGCUCUGUCCAAGCAGGAGAUUACCUCUCUGAAGGAAAAGCACACUGCCAGCUGCCAGGAGCUGGAGGAGCUACGAGUUUAUAACAAGACCAUGGAGGGAAAGCUUGCCGCUGGCGAGCAAGACUUUAACGACCAGAUCGACAAGAACAUGCAACUUCUCAACCAGCUCGGCGAGGUCGACAACAACAUUUCCGCCAGCCGUAAGCGCGUUCGCGAGCUCGAGGCUGAGCUGGCCGCUCUGAAGGCGGACAACGACAAGAGCACCACUUCCGGUCUGGCUGCAAGCCAAUGGGCGUCGGCAGAUGAGGACACUGAUGGAGGUGUAGGGAAAGGUCAAGCCGCAGUGGAAGGUGAGGACCUUGGAUCAUCCAUUGAGGGAACGAUGGCAAGCAUUCAGGAACAGCUUAAGCACAUCCGCUCCGCGAACGAUGAGUGGUACGAUGAGCACCGCAGGCUUAUCGGAGAAUUGGCCCAAUUUUCUCGUCGAGCCACGCCAAAUCCCCCCAGUGCAUCAUCGACCCCGCACCCCGAAACCUCAGCAUCAGCUCCCGAGUCGGAAAAUAGCCGCGGUAGACUUGAAGAGGUCCCCGCGGCUCGGUAG